UCCAUGGGCGGGCGUGGCGUAGUACGUGGCAGGACGCAUUAGAGGAGGAAGUCUGAUAGGGACGGAUGUCCACUGCACUGAUCGAGUGAUCUCAUUCUCUCUCCUCCGUCGUAGUAGCCAGAAACGGAUGCCUGCUGCUGCUGGAACAGGAGGACAGGCGCGCCAGCCAUGGGUGAUGGGUGGGGUGCUUGCUAGCUGUUGAACUCAGCUACCAUGCCAGCCGUCCACUAUAUUUGACGCAUUGCGUCGCGCGUCGCCAUCGGCCAUCGCCACGCCCACCUGUCGUCUGCGCUGCUGAGCAUCGACGUACGCGCACGGCGGCCGGAACGAAGGGGGAGCGAGAGCAAGAUGAGGCGGAAGCAGCUCCUGCCGCCGUGGCUGCUGGUCGUCCUGUUCUUGUCGUGGUCGUCGGCGGCGCCAGUGCCCGCCUCAUCCACCACCACCACCACCACCACUCUCCCCGGUCAAAUGCGGCGGCGGCGCUACUACGACUCCAUCUUCAGCCUGGGCGACUCGUACGCGGACACCGGCAACGGCCCCGUCGUGUUCGGCUGGCACGCUCUGGCCAGCCCCGUUAUGCGCCCGCCCUACGGCUCCACCUUCUUCGGCCGCCCCACCGGACGCAACUGCGACGGCCGCCUCGUCAUCGACUUCCUCGCUGAGAGCCUGGGCCUGCCGCUGGUCCCGCCUUUCCUGCAGGCGCAGGCGCGCCACGGGACGGGGAGCUUCCGGCGCGGCGCCAACUUCGCCGUCGGGGGCGCCACCGCCCUCGACGCCAGCUUCUUCCACCGCUGGGAUCCCCCCGGCGGCAGCGUGUUCCCGCUCAACGCCAGCCUGGGCGUGCAGCUGCAGUGGUUCCAGUCGCUCAAGCGCUCGCUCUGCGCCACGCCCAAAGGCUGCGACAGGUUGUUGCGCAGAUCGCUCUUCUUCGUGGGCGCGUUCGGGGCCAACGACUACCUCCUCGCCAUGGCCGCGACGAGCCUCGAACAAGUCGGGUCGCUCGUGCCAGCCGUCGUCAGGACCAUCUCCGCGGCCGUCGAGAGGCUGAUCGUGGAGCACGGGGCGGCAACCGUGGUGGUCCCCGGCGUGAUCCCGGUGGGGUGCGCGCCGCCGGUGCUCGCCACGUUCGCCGACCCCGACCCGGCAGGCUACGACCCGCGGACGGGGUGUCUGAGAUCGAUCAACGAGGUGGCCACCCGCCACAACGCUCUGCUCCAGGACGGCCUGCGCGAGCUCCGGGCCAGGCACGCCGCCGCCACCGUCGUCUACGCCGACUUCUUCGGCCCCGUCAUCGACAUGGUGACGUCGCCUGCCAAGUUCGGGUUCGACGAAGACGUGCUGACGCUUUGCUGCGGAGGACCUGGGCGGUUCAACUACAACAGGCACGUUUUCUGCGGCGACCCCGGCGCCAGCGAGUGCAAGGACCCGUCGGCUCGUUUGUUCUGGGACGGCGUCCACCUGACGGAGGCAGCCUACCGAUACGUCGCCGCCGGCUGGCUGAGCGCCAUAACGUAGCCGCGGCCGGGAAGAGGGGGCGGCGGUGGUGGUAACACUGCCAACAGGAACCGGACGGCGGCUGCAGCUGCCACCGAGGAGUCCCCGUGCUACUGAGCGGUGAAAGGCACCGAAAGCGUGCAUGUGUGAAGUUGGUUUGGCGGUGGUGGUGCUAGCUACUACUUCCUGCCUAUCAUCAGAAUUUGGGUACACAGCAACUAACCACAUUUGAAUUUGGGUACGUAGCCACAUACUAUAUAGGAAGGGUGGACAAUGUUUGUUUUGUGAAGGAAAAACAUUACUUCUCAGGAAGAAGAAUAAAUAAAGCAGUGUUUGGUCAAGAACGAGGUGGAAUGGAGCGUACGUCUUGCAUGGUUCUAACUUUACUAGUGUUUGGUUGAGUAAAAUCUCCAACAAAGUGUCUUAAAAAACAGAGCAUUCCGCUAAUAUGUUGAGUCUUGAACCAAGUGUUUAGGACUUUGUUUUUUUUUUCUUGUAACCGUACUAUAAAGAGGGAUGUAAUGUAGUAGUUUG